UCUGGAUGAGGAAUAUUCGCGUUUGCUUUGCUGUGUCAGAGGAUGAAACUCCUGCAGGAAUGAAGGCGAGGGUCUCAGUCGUGCUCCUGCUCUACACACUCUCAGGUUUGGGCGGAGCUUCAGAGUUGGCGUUCAUCAAAGAACCCAGUGAUGUCAUCGCCGUGAGGGACCGCCCCCUCAUGCUGGACUGUCAGGUGGAGGGGGAGGGGCCUAUCACGGUCACAUGGCGCCGGAACGGCGUUCCCGUGUCUCCCGGAGCGCGAGCAGCGGUUCUGGAUAAUGGGACGCUCCUGAUCCGAAACUUCCAGAAGCGGCGAGACGGCGGCGAGAGCGACGCGGGCGAGUACGAGUGCGCGGCGCAGAACCGAUACGGGCUCCUCAUCAGCCGCAAGGCACACGUCCAGCUGGCCUCGCUGCCGAAGUUCCACACACACCCCGAGUCCGUGAUCGUGGACGAGGGCGGCGUCGCCCGGUUUCACUGCGCGGUCAGCGGCGUCCCGGAGGCCAACAUCACCUGGGAACGGAACAGGACGACCCUCAGCGCCGAUGAUAACAGGUACACACUCCUGCCCAACGGUAUCCUGCACAUCACAGCGGUGCGUCGGGCCGACAGCGGCGGUUACCGAUGCGUCGCUAAAAACAUCGCAAACACUCGUUACAGUCACGAGGCCCAGCUGUCAGUCACAGUUGCAGCGAAUCGUCUCUAUAAGGAGCCGGUGAUUGUCUCCGGGCCUCAGAAUCUUACUCUCAAUGUUCACCAGACGGCCAUCUUGGAGUGCAUCGCCACUGGGAACCCGAGGCCCAUCGUGUCCUGGAGCAGGCUGGACGGCCGCUCGAUCGGUGUGGAGGGCAUUCAGGUGUUGGGCAGUGGGAACCUCAUCAUCUCAGACGUGUCUCUGCAACACUCGGGUGUUUACGUCUGUUCCGCUAACAGACCCGGAACCAGAAUGAGGAGAACCGCACUGGGACGACUAGUGGUGCAAGCUCCUCCAGAGUUCCUGCAGUGGCCUCAGUCGGUGUCGAAGCCGGCAGGGUCAAGUGUCGUCUUCACCUGUCAGGCUCAAGGUGUUCCCGAUCCGCACCUCAUCUGGCUGAAGAACGGCAAGAUUCUCUCGCCGGGAGAAAACGUCAAACUCGCCAACAACAACAGUACUCUGGCUGUGACGCGCGUCACGGCUGAAGACGAGGCCAUCUAUCAGUGUAUCGCGGAGAACAGCGCCGGAACCAACCAGGCCAGCGCCCGCCUCUCCGUCUCCCAGUCCGCCCAGUUCCCAGAAGCCCCUGAGGAGCUGACGGCCACACCGCUGUCCACCAGUUCCCUGCGGAUCCGCUGGAAGCAGCCGGAGCCGCGCGCCACGGACGCCAUCAUCGGAUACGUGCUGCACAUACGCAAGCUGGGCGAGCCGGACAGCAGCGAGCUUCAGGAAGCCGUGAGCAAAGACACGUUUCAGCACGACUUCACCAACCUGGAAGCGUCCACCACCUUCUCCAUCUACGUCAAAGCGUAUUCGCCACUGGGAGCCAGUCAGCAGUCCAGCAGCGUCGUCGCCACCACACACGGGGCCGUUCCCACAAUGCCGAGUUUCUUCACGAAGGUUCUGAACCGCACAGCGAUGCAGGUGUUCUGGGAUCUGCCCGCUAAAGCAGGCCGAGUGGAGGGACACAAACUCUCUUAUAGAAUACUGCCGCAACAAGAGUUUGGACACGAGGAGCGCUUUCCUGCACAGAUAAACACACACACCAUCUCUAACCUGGAAGCCGCAGCUGUGUAUGAGAUCCAGCUCUGUGCCUUUAAUGGGAAUGGUGACAGCAUCGGCAACAAGCGACUCGUCUCAUUGGCUGAGACUGAGAAGAGUGUGAAAGAUGCAGCAGCAGGACAGAGUGUGUGUAACUGUGGUCAGGACAGCGAGAGCUCCAUGACAGGACUGGUGAUCGGGAUCCACAUCAGCAUGGCCUGCAUCCUCUUCUGCGCUCUCUUCCUCAUGUUCGGGUACCGGCACAGUUUCUUCUGUCAGAAAGGUUCUCCGGGUAACUGGAGUCUGUCAGGAGGUCAAAGCGCCGCGAAAGACGCCACGAUCCGCGCGACUGACGCCAUCGAGCUCACGCCACAGGCUGGGGUCGAGGGUCAGGCAGCGGCUCCUCAGUGUCAGGUGAUGAUCGAACCACGACCUCUCAGCCCGGCAGACACCGGCACCGAAUGACCCCCCCCCCCCCCCCCCCUCGAGUCUCUCUCACCAAAGCCUUACACAACUGAACUCAGUCACACACAACAUCCGUGUAGUGCCUCUGCUGACGACUGACACACACACAGCGUCUGCGGACUGAAACCCCAUCAGAGCCCCGUUUAAACUGUGUGUUCUGUGUGACUGAGCAGAUGAAUAGUUAGUGUGUGGAUGUAAUGAGUGUGUGUGUCGUGUGAUUGCUCAGUGAUUAUUCGCCAAAUUAGCCUGUGUGCAGCUGAAGACUCCGCCCCCUUGUCUAAGCCCCUCCCACUCCACCCAAAGAGCCUGGGAAAACCUUCUACCUCAACCACGGGCGUCUUCAAACGGGUCCUCCUCGGGUCCGAACCGAUGCCAGUGAGAGUUUGACCUCUGCCGCGACGUGAUGCGUUACGAGACUCUUCCUCAGACGUGUGUGUGUGUGCGUGUGUGUGUGUGUGUGUGAGAGCCGAGGAACGUCCAAAGAUCUCCUGCUUCUCCAGACACUGGGUCACCGGACCCGCUCCCGACACACUCGUGCUUUGGUAAAUCAGAACUGUGACAUAAAAAGGCUAAAUUCUGAGAUAAGCAAAAAUAUUAUGUACUAACUCAUAGAUAUGAGAUUUAUCUCAAAAAUGAAAUUGAGAUUAAAAAGCAACCCUAAAGUUUUAACAUUAUUAUUGGCUUACUGUCACUUAUUUUUAUCUCUUAAUUAUAACUUAGUAUUUUUAAUACAAUUAAAUUGACAUACUAAGUCAUUAUAUAUUCUUAUCUCAGUUAUGAAUUAGUAUGGCAUGAUUAGGACUUUGUCAUAGUUUCGAUUUUUUUUCUCUGAAUUAUGAAUUGGUAUAUGAUAUAAUGUCGACCUUUUAUCUUAUAAUUAUGAAUUAGUAUGCCAUAAUUUAGACUUAUCUUAUGAUUUAGUGUCAUCAUUUCCAAUUUUUGUCUCAUAAUUAUGACUUUAACUUUGUCAUAGUUUUGACUUUUUAUAUCUCAUAAUGAUUGACUUAAUAUGUCAUAAUUAUGCGUUUUAAUGUCAUAAUUCUAAUAUACCAAAGCAUGACUUUUUGAAAUGUAUUUCAUAACUGAUGGUGAUUGACCAGAAACUGACCAAUAACCAAAGCUCUCAGACACUGACGUCACUCAGUACCUCAAAGACAGAUUCUAUUCUAGAAAUGAUAACUAAUAACGCCUAGCAGAUAGCCUAUCGAAUAUAUUUUCAUAUGUUGAAACCAGAAAAUAAGAUCUGCUUCUUUCUUUGUAAUGUUGAAGCUGAACUUGCCAAAUAACGGUUAGCGAUCGUGUUUAUGAGACCAAAUAUCUCGGUUGUUCCUCUAAAGCACAUGAACAAACCCAAACCAGUGUGUGUGUGUGUGUGUGUGUGUGUGUGUGAUCUAACUGGUUUAAUACGCAUGCGAACUGCUCUUCAUUUUUCGAAUAGUUGCCAAAAUAACACAUUAAUGUAGAUUCACAGGAAGUCUUUAACCCUUUAGGCCUCUGAUUCUUGUCUAGAACAAACGCAAUGAAACCAAAAUGUAUAAACUAAAAUAAAGCAACAAGAUUAGAAACCGAGGCCAAAUUUAAGACGGACACAAGUGGAGAAACUUCUGUUCUCUUGUAGAACUUUCCUUUGAUUCAUUUUCCCACGAUGAAAAGUUCUUUUUCUGCUUGAUUUGGGAAAUAUUGCCAAAAUAGAUGUACGAUUGUUUUUUAAUGUUAUUCUCUUAUAUUCAUAUUGUCGCUGUUCUUUUGAUUAAGUAUUUUUUCUUCUCUCUGUCUGUAGAAUUUAAAAGAAAAUGUUAGCAAUUUGAGAGUUAAAAGCGAGUAGAUUGUUGAUUGCAAAGAAAAAUGACAAAUGUGUGUAUGGAUCUCCAGCGUGAAAAUACAUUUAGUGAUUCCAGAUGUGAUUUUUUUUACGGAAGCUCGUUUUGCCAUGGAAUAAAAAAGCGAAUUGCGACUCAUUCUGAAUAUAUAUUUUAUACUUGUGAAUUAUAAACUCCAAAUUGCAAGAAAAAAAGUCAGAAUUGUGAUAUCGAUAGUGAUAUAUGUCGCAAUUCGCUAAUUAUAUUCCCUGCCGACCGUGAAAGAGUUUCCGACUGUCCAUAUUAAAGCGUUAUUGUUGAAGAAAAGGCCUCAGACUCUGAAAUGUCGCGGGUCGAUCUCUGUUUGCUGCUUUAUGAACUCGUCUAUAUUCUGGAUGUUGAAAUGUUUGUAUGUGAUGGAUGCUCAACAUGUCUAAGGUUUAGGAUAAUAAGUUGUUUAGUCGAGUAGAUGCUGAUUUUGAAUGCUUGUACCAAUGAGAGAAGUGAUGCUUUAACUCUUCGGAACCGAACGCUCCUGUAGCUUUAACCUGUUGUGACUGUGUCUAUACCACGAAUUUAAUUUCUCGUGCCAUUUAUACGCCAAAACAGUGUUCGCGUGUAUGAUACAGUAGCC